UGAGAUAAAAAUUUUCACGCGAGCGUCGUCAAAAUUUCUUAGUCAAAUUCCUCAACAACUCACUCGUCGAAAGCAUCUAACAGACGUGUGUAAGGAUGAGUAGCUCCGAAGAAGUUUCGUGGAUUUCUUGGUUCUGUGGACUGCGUGGCAACGAGUUUUUUUGCGAGGUUGAUGAAGAUUAUAUUCAAGACAAGUUUAACCUAACAGGGUUGAAUGAACAAGUUCCUCAUUAUAGACAGGCAUUGGACAUGAUUCUUGACAUGGAACCAGAUGAUGAAUUGGAGGAUAACCCAAACCAGAGUGAUUUAAUUGAGCAAGCUGCAGAAAUGUUGUAUGGAUUAAUUCAUGCCCGUUAUGUUUUAACAAACAGAGGAUUAGCACAGAUGCUUGAGAAAUAUCAGAAUGGUGACUUUGGAUAUUGCUACAGAGUGUACUGUGAAAACCAACCAGUCUUGCCAAUUGGUUUAUCAGAUGUACCUGGUGAAGCAAUGGUCAAACUUUACUGCCCUAAAUGUAUGGAUGUAUACACCCCUAAGUCAUCAAGACACCACCAUACUGAUGGUGCAUACUUUGGAACUGGCUUUCCACAUAUGUUGUUUAUGGUACAUCCAGAAUAUCGGCCAAAACGAAGUCCAAACCAGUUCGUGCCCAGAUUAUUUGGUUUCAAGAUCCAUCCAAUGGCAUAUCAAAUUCAGCUACAAGCCGCUGCCCAGAGAGGACGUUCGGCGUCAAGUCGACCUCGUACUGGCAAAGGUCAACAUUACAAGAACUAACAACUUCUUGCUGUUACAGACAUAACUUUGUGGGAUUUUCAAUAAAAACUACCUGUAUAUAUCUUCGAGAGAAGAAGACCAUUGUGUGGAAAAAUUUAAUCCGCAAUCGAGGAAGAUGAAAGAAGAUGCAAUGAAUGAAGAUGAAAUAUUUUCGUUAUCCCUAAUUUCACUUGUAGUUUAAACAUAUUAGUUUUAAUGUCGUAAUUGUCGUGAACAAGUCAUUUUCACCGAUACGGAAUAGUCCGGAUGUAAAUUUGUCAUUAUUUAAAUGAUAGGUCUUGUCUGACCAGCAACAUUCAAUUACACCAACCACCUUUACAUUAGUGAGCUUAAGCAAGUGACGUUUUUGACAACACGUACGUUAACCGGAAGUAAAGUUUUUGUUUUUCACCAAUCACAAUCCUUGACCCAGGCUUUUCACGUUACUCAUGCCGUUUGUGUUGUCAAAAACGUCACUUGCUUAAGCUCACUAUUAUCACGACAAUUACGACGACGAGGAUUUCUGUGGUGUCAGACCUGUUAGAAAUAUACUCCUAACACUGACGGAAUGGUACUAAAUAUAUUAAUGACAACAAUGUGCGCUUUUUUUAGGGGUAUUGUGAGAAAGUAUUGUGAAGCCACUUCCUGGCUGUAAUAUUCCCCUAUUCUGUAAUUGAAUUCUCUAGCACUGCAAUCAUCUAGCGCUGAUAACUCUAUCCACACUACACUCAGCGCUUAUUCCAUGAAUCCAGUUCUCAGUUAAAUGUAUUUUAAAAAUGAAUUAAAUUGUUUCUUGUGUUUUUAAA